CUGUGUUAACGCGAGAACAGAGGACGGGAUUUGUGAAGGCCGGGAUUUUCAUUCAUCGCUUCGAGGUUAGAAGAUGGCCACUCCAGAUGUGCGGCUUAAUCAUACAAUCUACAUCAACAACUUGAACGAGAAAAUAAAGAAAGAUGAGCUGAAAAAGUCGCUGUACGCCAUCUUCUCACAGUUUGGACAGAUUUUGGACAUCUUGGUCGCACGAAACCUGAAGAUGAAGGGUCAGGCCUUUGUCAUUUUUAAAGAAGUUAACAGCGCUUCCAAUGCUUUGAGAUCCAUGCAGGGCUUUCCUUUCUACGACAAACCCAUGCGCAUCCAGUACGCCAAGAUGGACUCUGACAUCAUCGCUAAAAUGAAGGGGACUUAUGUGGAGCGUGACCGUAAAAAAGAGAAGAAGAAGGUCAAAGGAGCCGAUGCAGGCGGAGCUAAGAAGGGUGUACCGGGAGCAGCUGCCCCCAUGGUUGCUGGGGUACCGGCUGCCAUGCCUGGAAUGCCUCCCAUGAGCCAGGCUCCUCGUAUGAUGCACAUGCCGGGCCAGCCUCCUUACAUGCCCCCUCCUGGCAUGAUGCCUCCUCCGGGGAUGGCUCCUGGUCAGAUGCCCCCUGGUGCCAUGCCUCCUGGCCAGAUGAUGCCCGGACAGAUGCCUGGACAGAUGCCCCAGCAGGUCGCAGAAAAUCCUCCCAAUCACAUCCUCUUCCUCACCAACCUGCCGGAGGAGACCAACGAGCUCAUGCUCUCGAUGCUCUUCAACCAGUUUCCCGGGUUCAAAGAGGUCCGUCUGGUCCCGGGCCGCCACGACAUCGCCUUUGUGGAGUUUGAGAACGAAGUGCAGGCCGGCGCCGCUCGAGACGCACUACAAGGCUUCAAGAUCACACAAGCCAACGCCAUGAAGAUCUCCUUCGCUAAGAAAUAACACCUCAAUACUGGUCUUUUUUAAAAUGUACAGCAGUGACCUGAACUUUUUUAAUGAAAUUUAUGUUGAUCAGUGCAACAUACACUUUCUUUUUUUUUUCCAACCUUGGUCCAGGAUUACAUGUAAGUAUAUGAAUUGUCAACUAGCAUCAAGUUGUUCUGUGUUUCAUCUUUCCACACUGACAGAACUCUUGACUUUAAUAGAAGUCAACAGUCAAAAUGAUGGGUAAAUUCUUCAUCUUAUUGAUCAGUAUCAGUCCUUGUUGACUUCUAGUCAAAUCCACGAGCAACUUGAUGUGUUUCUGUAUUUUUUUAUCUGUUUUUCAUGAAGCAUUGCACCCAGGGUCUGCUCUGCCAGACAUUGUACCUGGAGCUUUUUUCUUUUCAUAAUUAAAAUCUGUUUUCUUUGA